ACAUGGCAAAAAAAUGAAGUUGGCUUCGUCGUGUGUUGGAGCCCCCGAGUGACGCCCCGCCCCUCCACGCGGCUGUACUUGUCAAUCAUCCUAAAAAUAACCUCCUGCCGCCCGGCGUGAACGUCAGCGUGGAAACUCCGAGCCGCCUUCAAGCGGACGAGCGAGCGGCAGGAUCAAAGUGUGGCGCGGACGUGGACAUUAAACGCUCGCGAGCGCUUGGUUGGCGUCUGUGCGCGUGCGUGUGAAAGUCCACGCCACUCGAAGGAGAGGACGCACGCGGGCACGCGACUCGCCUUCCCCUGCGUGUGAACGACUCGGACCCACUCGGACUUGUUUUGUGUCCGCGAUGACGUCAGUGUGGAAGAGACUUCAGCGUGUUGGCAAAAAAGCUUCCAAGUUUCAGUUUGUUGCUUCCUACCAGGAAUUGCUGCUCGAAUGCAAAGAAAAAUGGCAGCCCGACAAGUUGCGCGUGGUUUGGACGAGGAGGAACCGGCGUAUGUGCUCCAAGUUGCACAGUUGGCAGCCUGGAAUCAAGAACCCGUACAGAGGGACGGUUCUGUGGCCCGUCCCGGAGAACGUGGACAUCUCGGUGACGCUCUUCAAGGAAGCGGGAGCUGAGGCGUUCGAGGACAAAGAGUGGACCUUCGUCCUUGAGGGCGAGUGCAAAGGCCACCGUAAGGUUCUAGGGUCCGCCGCCAUCAACUUGAAGAAUUACGCCAGCGCGACGCCGACGCAGACGGACGUCAGGCUGUCGCUCAAGCCGCUGUCCGUCAAAGUGGUGGAGGCGGAGCUCAAACUGUCGCUGUCCUGCAUCUUUGUGCGUGAGGGAAAAGCCACCGACGAGGACAUGCAGAGCCUCGCCAGCCUGAUGAGCGUCAAACCCGACGUGGCCGACAUGGACGACUUCAACGAGAGCGACGAAGACGGCGCGGCAGUCUUUCCGCGCCCUCUUAUGCGACCCAAUCGCCCCGCCCCUCCGCCGCCUGAGCCCAGGAACGCGCCAGUCAUCCGAGAGGACCGCCGCCCCCCCCGGCCCGUCGGCGGGUCCUCGCCCCCCGCGCCCCUCCCCCUCAUCGCUCCGCCGCUGCCUGCCAUCUUCCAGGGAAAAGCUGCUGCGUCGUACGAACGGCGCCCCCCGGUGGCGCAAAUGUCAGCCGUCGUCAGCGGCGCGUCAGGUGGCGCUCAAGUUUUCAAAGCUCAGGAGGUGAAGUCGGUGGGUCGCCCGUCGUCCCCCUCGCCCUUCGCCGCUGACGCGCCAGCAGCCCCGCCCCUCGCCGGCGACGUGACCGCCGUGCCGCUGCUGAGCCGCCCGGACCUGGACGCCCUCUGCGAGUCCGCCGCCCCGGCGCUUCGGCCCCCUCCCUGCACCGGCAGCCCGCCCGCAGGCGCCACGGACAAAGAGGCGGCGGCAACUUCCGUUGCCACGGCGAUGACGCCGAGCAGAAGCCGGGAUGCCGCGGCUGCCGAUGACAUCGGCGCAUUCGGACGGCCGCUCGCGGCGCAGGAUUCCCAAGAGCUAGGAAGGGGCAGUCCCGGCAAAUUGCGGUCCGAGGUGAUCGUAGCCCCGCCUCCUCCGUGGCCAUUCGCCGCCCCCAUGCGCCCGUCCACCAGCGUCCUAGCGGCUUUCAUCACCCCCGAGCGAACCUGUCUCCACGGCGACGAGGAUGCUGACGAUCUCCGUCGGCGUGCGGAUGCGGGACCAGAACCGCCGCGCGAUGUCGUCCGCGAGGCGCCCGGCGCCCAAUCGGGAGGCCGCUUUGCGGAGCGGGACUCGGGCGGCCUCUCAGCCCUGGAGCAGGAGGAGAGGAGGCAACACGAGGAAGAGAAGAGGAGGCUGCUGGCGGAGGAGAAGCGGCGACUCUUCCAGGAACAGGAGGAGCUGAGGAAGCUGAAGGAGAGGAGGCGCCGCCAGGAGGAGCAGCUCCUCCUGGAGAAAGGAGAGCGCGACCGCCGGCUGCGGCAGGAGGAGGAGAAGAAGCGGAGGAGAGCGGAGGAAGAGCAGGAGGAGGAGAGGAGGCGCCGGGAGGCCCGACAGGAGGAGGCCGGACUCGUGAGGAGGAGGGAGGAGGAGGAGGAAAGGAGCAAGGAGGAGGAGCACCGGCAGAGGAGGGAGGAGGAGACACGACGGGUGCUGGAACGAGAGAAAGAGGAGGAGGCGGAGAGGAGGAGGCGGCGCGGGAGAGAGGAGGAAGCAAAGGAAGAGGAGAGAAAAAGGAGGCAGAAAGAGGAGAAGGAAGAAGAGAAAAAGCAAACGGAGGAACAGGAGAGGGAGAGAAAGAGGAGGGUCGACGGGGAGCGGCGAGCCAAGGAGGACCGAGAGAGGGAGGUGAAGAGACUGAGGGAGGAGAAGAAAAAGGAGGAAGAGGCGGGGACAGGGGAAGAAAGGCAGAAAAGGGAGGGUGAGCCGAGGAGGAGGAGGUGGGAAGAGGAGGAGCGGGGAGUCGAGGACGAGAGGCAACGAUUGAGGGAGGAGCAAGACAGGAUGCGGGAGGAGAGGAUGGAGAGGAAGAGGAGGUGCGAAGAGGAGGAGAGGGUCAAGGUGGAAAAGGAGAGGGUGAUGCAAAGAUUGAGAGAGGAGAAAGAGACGGUGGAGCAAAAGAAGGAAGAAGGGGAGGAGGAGAGGAAGAAGCUAGAGGAGGAGAGGAGGCACGAGGGAGAAAGAAAGGAGGAUCGGCAGAGGGAGGAGAAUGAAAGGAUGGCGAGAAAAAAAGGGGGGGAACUGGAGGAGAAGAAAGAGGAAGAGGAGAGAAUCGAUCAGGAGAUGCAGAGAUUGAGAGAGGAGAAAGAAUGGAGGGAGGAAAAGAAAGCAGAGCUAAAGAGAAGGGAGGAGGUGAGGAAGGAAAGGGAGGAAGAGGAGAGGAGGAAAGAGGACGAAAGAAAGAUGGAGGGCGAAGAGAGAGAGAGGAGGUGUGAAGAGGAGGAGAGCGUCAAGGUGGAAAAGGAGAGACAGCAAAGAUUGAGGGAGGAGAAUGAGAGGAAGAAAAUGGAGGAAGAGAGGCAGAAAGUGGAAAUGGAGAAAGAGAUGACAAGAUUGAGGGAAGAGAAAGAGGAGGAGGUGAAGCAGAGGCGUGGCCAGCAGGUGUCGCUUGGUGCUCUCCCUCUCCCCCUGCUGGACGCCAGCUGCAUUACGCCCCCAAGUCUCAGCCAAUCAGGAGAGACGCAGGCAGCCGAUCAGCGUGAAACUGCUGAGGUGGACGCUCCUGCUAGGCCAAUCGCAGCAAAGGCCCCGCCUCUUGGUCCUCCUGCUGUGUCAGUAGUUGAAGAAGCUAAAGAAGAAACUAAAGAAGACGUGUCCAAGUUAGCAGACGAGAAGACAUCAACACUUUCAGAAGGGUUGGUGCAGACAUCAGCAGCCGAGGAGGAGAAACUGGAAGAGGAGGAGGAGGAUGAAGAGCGUGCGGCACAGGGUUGCCAGUCGGGUUCUGAAGGUUCACUUGAGGUCCACGUGGAUCACGCGGUGGACCCGUUCCCCUGGACCGUGUCCUCCGCCCAGCCGGAGCCCGGACCUUCAGAUAGGCCACAGCUCAGUCUUGUCGCCCGGCUGCGUCUGGUUGCCAAGGAGCAGGAGGAAGAACGAGAGAAGGGGAGCAGAAGGGAAGAAAGGACAGAGGAGGAGGAAGGAAAGCCAAAGAGGAGAGGGGAAGAAAGAAGGGAGGAGGAGGAAGGGACGAAGGAAGAAGAGGAGGCUCGAGAGCUGAAGAGGAGGGGAGAAGGAGGGAGGAAGGAGGAGGAAGAAGAAACACUCAAUGGAGGGAAAGAUGAGGAGAAGGAAGGAGGUGAAAAACAUCAAAUGGAAGAGGAGGAGAGGAAGAGUAGGGCGAGGGCAGGAAAGCACAGUAAGGACGAGGAUCUGCAACGCGACCGGCAGGUCAUCAGCAGCCAAUCAGAGGUUGAGCUGCCACUCAGGGAGGCGGAGCUUUAUGACAUUGGGGAUGAGGAGGAGCAGCAUGAAGGUGAUGAUGAUGAUGAUGAUGAUGAUGAUGAAGAAGAGCAUCCCCCAACACACCUCAAACCAGCUGAGAUCAAAAACCCUGGUGAUCCUUGUCCUGGUAGCCAUCUUGGUCAUUCGAGUCUUCCUGGUCCUCCUGGUAAUUUUACUCGGACUGGUACCCAUGGUCCUCCCGGUCAUCUUGGCUCUCCUAGUCCUUCAAAUCCUCCCAGUCCUCCUGGUCAUCUUGGUCAUCUGAGUCUUUCUGGUCCUCCUGGUCUUCUGAGUCCUGAUUUUUGUCAUCCUGGCUCCCAUGGUCCUUCUGGUCAACUUGGUUCUCCGUGUCCUCCUGGUGAUGUUACUCCUCUCGGUCUCCCUGGUCUUCCUGGUUCUCCCGGUCUGGGCUCAGUCGUGGGGGAGGAUGCUGGCGACGAUAUGGAGGAGUUGGAGUUUGAGCCAGGUCACGAGGAUCUAGGCUCCAUAUGGUUGGCCGAGCUCUACAUGGGGGGCCACACCGGAGGCAGACCGUCUGCCCGACAUCAUGACCACAACGACCAUGAUGUCGCACAAAAUGGCGCUGCCCGUGGAGAUAAGCGCAUUGGCGUCACACAGAGUCUGCGGGAGGAAGAGCGGCUCCUAUUGGACAGAAUCCAGGUGAUGUCACUGGACACGCCCCCCGGCACCAGGAAGCUCCUGGUUCCCGCGCCGGGCGAGAUCCAAGAUGCGGAGACGGAUGGCGGGCGGCGAUUGGUCGAGUGCUCACUGGGGCCGUCGGGAGACUGCGUGUCUAUCGAUCAAUGCAUCAAUGUCGCCGCUCGCCUUAGUGACAGCGACACAUCUUCACAAGCCGGGCCAAUCGGAGAGGAGGCUGACAGGACGGACAACGGCGGCGAGUGUGACCAUCAGGGCCUGGUGACCUCCAGCCAGUCGCUGCUGCAGUGGUGUCAGGAGGUCACAGCCGGCUACGCGGGGGUCAAGGUCACCGACUUCGGCGCUUCCUGGAGGAACGGCCUGGCCUUCUGCGCCCUCCUGCAUCACUUCCACCCCGACCUCGUAGACUUCGACGAGGUGAAAGCGCAUGACAUCGAGAUGAACAACAAGAAGGCCUUCGCCGCCUUCGAGUCUCUGGGCAUCUCGCGCCUUCUGGAGCCGUCCGACAUGGUUCUGCUUUCGGUUCCGGACCGCCUCAUCGUCAUGACGUACGUCAGCCAGCUGCGGAGUCGCUUCACGCGGCAGGAGCUCAGCGUGCUGCACCUCGAGAGCGACGCCAGCCGCUACGGCCCCGCCCCCGGCGCCGCGCUAGAGGAGGGAGGUGGCGCCGUGCCGUUCCCGCCGCCGAGAGCCAAGAGGCCGCUUAAAGAGGAUUCCGCGUUUCCUCUUCCCGAGGAUGAAGGAGAAGGCGUCAGCGAGUCUGCAGGAAGCCUUCGGGAACUUGAGUCCCAGCAUACGAAAGCAGAAGACAAGGCAACGCAUCUCCAGGAUACGAGUCAAUACGUGCUGAGCGAGCUGGCGGCGUUGGAGGCGGAGCAAAAGCACGUCGACGGCAGGGCGGCGGUGGUGGAGCGGCGGCUCAGGAGCCUCAUGGAAACUGGAAGUGACCGCGCCGAGGAGGAGCGGCUGAUUCAGGAAUGGUUCACGCUGGUCAACAAGAAGAACGCGCUGAUACGAAGACAAGACCAGCUGGAACUCAUGCAGGAGGAGCGGGACCUGGAGCGGAGGUUCGAGCUGCUGACUCGGGAGCUGCGGGUCACGAUGGCCGUCGAAGACCGGCAGAAGUCGCGCGCCCAGCGCGAGCGCGAGCAGCGCCUCCUGCAGGAGUUGCUGUCUCUGGUCGACCAGCGUGACGACGUCAUCAGAAACAUGGACGCCAAGGAGCGAGGGGCGCUGGAAGAGGACGAGCGUCUGGAGCGCGGCCUGGCGAUGAGGAGGCGCAAGAACGACGACAAAGACAAGUGUGUUGUGCAGUAACACGCUUUCCCUGUCACGCCGCUGUUUAUUCAUUUGCGUGUACAUUUUACGCUGGCGUGUGUGUGUUUGAAAAAAUAUGUUGGCGAUGAGCUGGACUCGACAUGGCGGCUGUCAUCCGUUUCAAUUGAUGCUUGAGUUAUAAUUUUGUUCAAUAUUUCAGCGUUAUGAAGAUUUUCUUUAGUGAGACUGGAUUUGCCAACCAAUGUAUGACGUCACCAUCCGGCAGGGGGCGUGGCCGAGUGAGCUUCAUCAAGAUAACUUAUUGUCAUAAAUAUUAUCGUCUUGACGAUAAUAAAUUAUGAUUCAUCACUCAAAA